AUGUCAUCCACAAUCAAACCCAUUCAGCUUUACGGCAUCCUCGGCCCCAAUCCCCUCAAAAUCAGACUCAUCCUCGCACUUCUCGAACUCCCAUUUGAACCCAUUCCAGUCGCCUACUCUAAAGUCAAGGAACCCGAGUACGAAGCGAUCAAUCCAAAUGGGCGCCUGCCUUCGAUCCAUGACCCAAACACCAACCUGACCAUUUGGGAGAGCGGUGCCAUCAUCGAGUAUCUCAUAGAGCGCUAUGACACCAACGAGCCCCGCAAGCUCAGCUUUACACCAGGCAGCGCGGAAGCCGAGCUUGCACGCUCGUUCCUCUAUCUCCAGACCUCUGGUCAGGGUCCGUACUAUGGACAAGCUUUUUGGUUCAAAAAGUUCCAUGCGGAGAAGCUCCCUAGUGCAGUGCAGCGCUAUGUUGAUGAGGCGAAACGUGUGACGGGCGUGCUUGACAAGUGGUUGGGCAAGCAGAAGGAGGCUAGCGGCGAGGAUAUUGGGGAUGGUCCCUGGCUGGUCGGCAACAAGAUGUCAUACGCUGAUGUAGCGUUUAUUUCAUGGCAGAAGAUAGCACACUCAGUAUACGUUGAGGACGGAUUUGACGCUGACGAGUUCCCAAAUGAGAAGGAGUGGUUUGAGCGCAUAACUUCAAAGAAGCCCAUCAAGGAUGUCCUGGAUCAUGCGGCUCAGCAGAUGGCCAACCAAUCUAAGGAGUGA